CAGCAAUCAUGAAGGUCUUUUGCCUUUUCUUGGUCCUGGCCGUGGCUGCCGUCAACUCCAAAGUUAUCGAUAUCAACAAGCAUAUCGAUAUAGGCUUAGCUAAGACCAAUGACUACCUCCGCCAGCACAGAUAUACCUCUGUCCAUGUACCUCAAGGUUCUUUUGGUUCUCAUGUGUCAUUUUCCGAUUCCGAUGUCCUUGGCCUCGACUCCUUGAAGAGGACCGACGACUGCAGUCUUGAGAUCGUUAAUAAGAAUUUCACAGUGGACCUCCACUACGGUUUCGGAUUCUUCUUACAAUCCUUCAAAUCCUUGAGGAUCAACGACCAGGAUAUGUCUGCCAGUAUCAGGAUCGGGGACAAUUCCGUCCGCGUCCAUUACACUGUUAGUUUAACAGAUGACAACUGCUACGUCACCUUGCACGACCUGCUCUACGAGAGGUUGGCCAAGGUAGACUUCCAUUCUUCCAGGCCUGAGUACGACGGUAUCGACCUCGAAGAGUACUUCGAGAAGGAGGUCAUCCCAUUCUUGGAGAGCAAGAUCGACAAAAGUGCAGUAGAAUUAGCUUUGGAAAGAUUUAUUUGCAAGAAACGUGGUCUGGAAAUUUCUGAACACAUGCCAGCAGUCCAUCAAGCUCUGUUAGGGGAAAUUUUCCCAUCUCAACUUUAAAGUAACUUGAAGUAACUAUCUCAAAAAUAAACUAAUUAAUAUGAUUUAUU